AUGUCGAAAAGUACGGAAAUUACAGAUGAUGCCAUCCUGCGGCUCCUCGCUACGGCCAAUGCCGUGCCGAAGCCGAUCGGGCAGAUGGUCCGCAGCGGGGAAGGCGGGGAACACAUGGUCUGGAUCAUCGACGACGCUUUCGUCCUCCGGCUCCGGGCUGACGGGCUGGACGGCGGGCUGCUAAUCCAAGAAAAAGCACUAUGGGGAGUUUUGAAGUCAGUCGAGCCUGGAUUCACAGCGAUGCCGACUUGCCUUGGGGUUGGCACGUGGGAUGAUGGUAGACGACCUUACGGCUUGUACAGGAAGCUGGCUGGCGUGUCGAUCGAGGACUCGCCUCAAAGCGUCAAUGCUGCGACGGAGGAUGACCUCGUCGAACUGCUUAAGCUACUGAAAAAGACACCGAUCGAAAAGGUACGAGCGAUAGGGGUGGUGGACGCCGAGCCCGUCGACCUCCUGGAGCGUCGCCGGCUUGCACUAGAAGCCUGGCGCGUUCGCCUGCGCGACAACGGCCACCUCGGGCGCCUCACCGACGUGGACAUUGCCCAGGCGCUUCACAUCAGCGACACGGCCGUCAACGGACCCUACACGCCCGUCCUGCUGCACGCCGACCUCAAGGGCGAGCACAUCUUCGUCGACCCGGCCACGGGCCGCCUCACCGGCGUCAUCGACUGGAGCGACGCGUGCAUCGGACACCCGUCCGUCGACGUGCGCGGGCUGACCAUCAGCGUCGGCGCUGCGGCGUCGGCGCGCAUCGCGGCCCGGGCGGGCUACGGCGGCGACGUUGUGGCCCGGGGCACGUGGACGGCGUGCUGUGAGGCGGUCCUCUGCCUGGACGCCAUCGUGCGCGGCGAGGACGACUCCCCGGAGUGGCUGAUCCGGAGGCAGCUGCGGAGAGCGUUGGAGAAGGUGGAAGGGGAGGAGUGA